AUGGAUAAGAGGAAGAAAGGAUCUACCACAGAAUUAAGGCUUAUGGUGGUCGGUAGCCGUGGGCCUUCACAGUUCCAGUUAACGAAUGCCAUACUUGGGAGAGAGGAGUUUUCUAAGGAUAUCACAAGCAUUUCUGACAGCAGAAAGAAUAUUGGAGAGCUGGCAGGAAGACGAGUGGCUGUGAUCAAUGGACCAAACAUCUAUUACAAGGAUAUAUCUCAACCGAAAAGGAAGAUGGAGCUGAGAAGGUCUAAGUGCUUAUGUAUUCCUGGUCCACAUGCCUUUCUUGUUGCUCUUGACAUGGAUAAAGUCUCCCCAGAUGACAUGAGAGCUCACAAACUGAUAAGAAAACUCUAUGGAAGACACUGUCUAAGGCACUGCAUGGUCCUCCUGGCAUAUGAAGGAAAUAUGGAGGAAGCUGCCCUGGAAAACAGGGUGCAGAAGACUGACUGGCACCUGAGAGAGCUGAUUGAGAAGUACGGUGGGCGCUUUCAUGUUUUCAGCAAGAACUGGAGAGAUCGCAGCCGGGACCGAGAGCUGCUACAAAAGAUAGAACGGAUGGUGGCAUCCUUAGGAGGGGGCUACUUCUCCAGCAGAAGUUUCCAGAAGGCAGAGGACAGCGUGAAGAGGGAGGAAAAGAAGCUUCGGAAGAAGAGGGCAGCAGAGAUAGAGAAGGCAUGGACUGAUGUGGAAAAGCAAUACAUAGCGGAGGAGGAGCUGUAUCACCAGAAGGAUGCCUCCACCACCAGUGUCGGUGCAGAGAUCAGAGCCAAGGCGGAGAUGGACAAUGGAUGGCUCAGAACGUCCCUGGCCAGAGGACUUGGGACUGGUCUUGUUGUGGGAGCUGUCGUGGGUGCACUGUUUGGGUCCAUAGAGGGACCAGGUGGGAUGGUUCUUUAUGGGAUCAUAGGUGGUGCAGUAGGUGGAUCGGCAGGAGGAACAGCCCAGGUAGCUAUAAAGCAUAUGGAGAACAGAGUGGCGCCUCCUGCCAGACUCAACUUUAACUCAAUUUUCAUCAAUCGCUUUUUUGCAACUCCACGUCCAUAACAGCAUGGUAUUGACUUAGGACCUGUUUUUCAGGAAUAAAGGGAUCAUGUGCAUUUAAAUGUAUCUGUUGCUUUUGUAGCUUUCAGGCUGACUUGAUACCAAAUUAGAUAAGGAAAUGUGCAACCCCCUUUAGGUUGAAACACAAGCUUCACUGAUUCUACACUAUGCUUGGGUUUUGGAACAGAACUGCUUAAGAGGAUUACUAAUGUUCAAAAACAGUAAAUCUCAUGAUAAGUGUCAUGGCUGUAAAACAGUAUUUUGAAUAAACCAAGUU